GUCCUACAAGGAACCCUCUACGUUAACAAAUGUAUCUUAGUUCCGGUCAACAUAGAUCGGGCACAGAGGCUUCCGCUACCUCGUCAUCCGUCUAGAGCGCAUUGCUUCCCAGUUGGCCUGAUACGCCCACGCGGAUCAAUAGUAAUGUCUUUCGGCAUUAUGAACUAGUUAUCAGGCCCAUACGAGGCGCGUCGGGUAGCUGGAGGUGUACCGUAUCCACGACGACGAGACAUUCUCCCGCACCAUCUCGCAACCGGCGGAAACAACUAAACGAGCUCUGCAGAUAGCCCUUCACAACUCCCUUGAGCCCGCCACCAACACAUCCCUCUCGCCAUGGCCGCGCACAGCACGGACCUCAAGGCGCUAAUCCUCGCUGCCUGGCCUGACUCCUCACCUGCAUCCCAGCUACGACGCACCAUAGCCACAUGGCUUUCCACCAGCCCCUACCCCCAAACGGGUCCCUACCGCGCCCAACUGCCCAACCUCGGCCACUACCUGCGCCUUAACUGCGCUGACAUUUGGCUCGACCCGCAGCAUGAGUGGCCCAAGCUUUUACAGCUGCUGCUCAGCCCUGACAGCCGCGACCUAUUUGCCUGCUCCGAGCAAGGGGGCCGGGAAUUUGUGGAGCUGGAUAUCCCGGUUCUGAAACGGCUCUGCAAGCCUGCUGAAGUCCUAGCGGAAAUCGCUUUCGGCGGUCAGGAUGGCUCGCCGACGUCUUCAGAUCCCCGCAGCCUGCCGUUGCACAUGCAGUUGCGGCGGGCUGCUGCGCUGUGGCUGGCUGCCAGCCCGCAGCCCGAUGUGGGUCUGCAUGCCGCACUGCUUUCCAGCCUGGGCGCCUACCUGCGAGGCAGCAGCGCGCCUGCAUGGCUUCAAAGCUCGUUCGCUGCAGGGGCGUCCUGGCCUAAGCUGAAGAAGCUGCUGCAGGAUGGCGACAGCCGGGGGGUGUUCGUGGUGGGCCCUGUGGAGGGGCACACCGCGGAUGUGGUGAGCUUGGAUUUGGAGCUUCUGAACAGUGCAGCAGCGGAGGUGGUGGAGGCAGCGGCGGCGGUGGAGGCGGCGGCGGCGGUUGCAUGGCCGGAAGGUGAUGCGCUGGCUCUUGUGAAGCGGCGCGCUGCGGUGUUGCUUGCGGCGGUGGGGGAGUGCGGAGCCGAGGGGCACCCGCACGCCAUGCUGAUGGUCAAGCUUAUCCCCCUCUUGAUCAAACUCGAGUCCAGCGCCCUGACCGAGCUCAAGUCCCGCACCCCUAGCCGCACGCUGCGCCAACGGCUGAACGAAGCAGCGGAGGAGGAGGAAGGUGAAGGGGAUUCGCUGCCGCUGCCGCUGCAAGGGCAGGGGCAGCAGGGCCCCAGCGGUGGUAACGGUAACGGUAACGGAAAGCGCCGAGUGCCGUACCUCCGCAUCAUUCCGGGGCAAAGCGCGAAGGAUGAUAUCGCGGCUCUAGACCUGCCAGCCCUGCUCAGCGGCGUGCCAGGCUCCGCCGCCGCCACCGCCGCAGCUGCAGCGGCAGCGGCUGCUGCUGCCAGCGUCGUUGACGACGCGACGGCAGCAGCGGCAGCCGCAGCCUCAGCGGCACUGCAGGCGCCAGCAGCAGAACCCGGCCAGGAACUGGCCAUGUUGCUCCCCUCGGCAGAAGCAGCAGCAGCAGCAGCGGCGGCGGCAGCGGCGGCGGCAGCGGCAGCUGUUCCCCCGGAGGUGGUGAGGGCUAUAGCCCGGACCUGGACCGGGAAGGGUCUAGUGCCGCGCCUCAAGCGGCGGGCGGCGAUGGCUCUGGUCGCAGUGGAGGAGGGCCCCACCGGGCCUGCCAGCAUGCUCUGGGCUCAAAUGACGGCUUUGCUGCACCAGGCCUUUCCAGGGGUGCUGCAGCAUCCGCUGGUCCAAGCGAUCGGAGGCAGCGUGAAGGGAGCCAUUCGCCGUGCUCUUGACGAAAGCGCUUUGGACGGCGCGGCAGCGACGUCCGAUGAUGGUGGUGGUGUUGGUGGUGUUGGUGGUGGUGGAAACCGUGCCUUCCUGCGUGUGUUUCCGCACCGCUCGGACUGCGUGAUCGAGCUCGACCUGCCAGCCCUCCUCAGAGCUGCCGGGAUUCACCUGGCGGCGGCAGCUGCAACACCAGCCACAGCCACACCGGCCCCUGCAUGGCAGCGUCUGGACUCCCUAAUAGACCGCCGCUUUCCCCUACCCGAGGGCCUUUCCGAGGACGCGGAAGGCGCGGAGCCUGUCCUGGCAAAACGCUGCGUCGCACAGCUGCUGGCGCUUGCUCCGCCCCCGCGCCAUGAGCUGUUGUUUGCUCACUUGGGCUCGCAGAUACCCAAGGUGCUCAGAAAGACGCGCCUGCGUCACAACCUGCGAGCGUUGUGUGCCGAGGAGCCCGACGUCUUCGAGGUGGAGCUGCAGGGCAAGAGCACCCACGUGGUUCGGCUGGUUCACAGCACCAUGCUGCGCUUGGCUGCGCAAAUCGCCGCGGGGACUGCGACGGCGCAGGCCGCCUCGCCACCUCUCCAGCCUCCGCCCCCGCCAGCACACACAGCAACCCCAGCAGCGAGCAACGCCGCCACCACCGCCUCUGCCGGCGCAUCAACAUCAUCACCGCCACCUCCUCAACCGCCGCCGCCGCCGCCGCCGCAGUCUUCCCCGGCAACAGCAGCCUCCCAGCUUCCGCCGGCGCCACAGCAGCCACCCGUCAAAAACCCCCACGGGCCCCUGCCGCUGCCUAUUCCCGUCCCGGUUCCCGUACCUGCGCCCCAGCCUAGCACCGCACCUGUUGCUACCUCGGCGGAGGAAGCCUCGAACACACAGGCGGCGGUGGCGGUGGCAGCGGUUGCAGCGACGGCGGCAGCACCGCUGUUGACCGCCACCAUGCCAACGAACCCAAGCAGCAGCCCCCAAGCGGACACCGACGGCAACAACACCAGCGGCGGCGGCGAGGGCGACAACACGGAUCUCCUGUUGGCCGUGUACGAAUCAGCCGACGCCGGCGACGCCGCCGACGUCGCCUGGCAGGGCUCCCCUCUGCCCUACGCCGCCCUGCAACUGGUAGCAGAUCCGUACGGACCCGAGCUAGCCGCCAUGCUACAGCACUGCUUCGCUUGCUCGCAAGUAGGCCUUGCCGUACAGUACGCAACCGGGCAGCUAGCGUUGCUAUCCAUCUACGCGCCGCCGGCUGCCGCCGCCGCCGGUCAUAGGCUGCCAGCCGUUGAGUGGCCGGCAACCGUUUACCUGGUUGACUGUACGGCAUGCGGGGGGCUGUACGGCGGGGGCGCUGUUGGGAAGGCUGCGGUGGCUGCGCUGCUGGCUAGCCUGCGCAGCCUGCUUGAGGAGCCGGGUGUGGCCAAGGUGGUGCAUGGAUGCGAGCAGCUCCACCAGCUGGAGUCCGCCUGCGGGGGCGCCGCCUGCUCCCCGGUGCUCGACACUCGGGUGCUGCUGGACGCGCUGGCAUCCAUGAUGCGACUGCCGCCCGCUCCACCACCACCACCACCACCGGUACCACCGGUACCACCGCAGUCUACCAUUGACUACAAUCACACAGCUAGCAGCAGCAGCAGCAGCGGCAACAGCACCAGCAACGGAGGUCCGCACCCCGCAGCUAGCCGUGCGACCGACACCGCCGCGCUGGCUCAGCUGCAGUCUCACAUUGCGGAGCUGCAUGCGGCGCUGGCGGGAACGGGGCUAUGGUCGGAGCGACGGGACCUGAUGCUGCUGCUGGUGGGUCGGCAUUUCGCGGCGUUGCGAGACGAGUUGUGGGCGGUGAGAGGGCGCGACGGCGGCUGGGCGGAGCGGCCUCUCACGGAGCCGCAUGCGGCGGUGGCGGCGGCGGGGGCGCUGUACCUGCCAGAGCUGUGGGCGGCGCUGGUGGAGGAGGCGAUGGCGUGGGCGGCAGUGCAUGCUCCCAUUGGCAUCAUGCAGAGGAUGAGG